UAACUCUGACACAAAUAUUAGGCUUUGAAUCGCGACAUGAAGACGCGACCUACAUGCAACACCUCUAACGCCGAUUGGAUGGGCUCCCUGUGCCCUGCGCUUACGUCAAUGCCGCUAAAGUACCUGGCUGUCCCCGGGUCUCACGAUUCGUUUAGCUUUUGGGUGGAUGAGCAAGCUCCAGUCGGCCCAGACCAAAAGGCAUAUGUGAAACACCUGGCUGCAGUGUUCCGUUUUCUGGCCAAGAAGGUGAUGAAAAAAUGGUCCAUGACCCAGAACCUCACCUUCAGAGAACAGCUUGAGGGUGGGAUUCGCUAUUUUGACCUACGUGUAUCUUCCAAACCAGGAGAAUCAGGCCAUGAGAUAUACUUUAUUCACGGGCUGUUUGGACACAAAGUACGCGACGGCCUUCGUGACAUUAACCAUUUUCUGAACACACACAGGAAAGAGGUUGUUUUUCUGGACUUUAAUCACCAUUACGCCAUGAGGGAGGAGCAUCAUCGCUACUUGAUCAGCAUGCUGAAGGAGGUGUUUGGCCAUAAGCUCUGCAAGAUUGACGUGGUGGAGGAAAUCACUCUGAAUUACCUGUGGGAGAACGGGUACCAGGUCCUAGUGUUCUACCACCAUCCAUCAGCGGAGGGAUGCCCUGUGAUGUGGCCUGGUAGUAAAAUUCCUGCUCCCUGGGCCAAUACCACAGACACCAGCAAGCUCAUCCAGUUCCUGGAGACCACGCUGGGUGAAAGAGCCCAGUAUGGAAGCUUUCAUGUGUCUCAGGCCAUUCUAACACCACGUGUCAAGACUAUAGCCAGAGGCCUGGUUCGGGGGCUACGAAACUACCUCGUGGAGAGGAACCUUCCAACUAUAAUGAUGUGGGUGGAGGCGCAGAAGCCCGGCGUUAAUGGAGUCAAUAUCAUCACCUCAGACUUUGUAGAGCUUGUGGACUUUGCCAACACAGUCAUUAGACUAAAUAAUCUCCUCCUUAAGGAUCGGAAAGGCACAGGAUAUUCUCAGUGACCUUAAAGCAUAGGUCCUAUUGGAUUAUCAACAAAGGCUGAAGUUGUGGUGGGCAUCAAGACCAGCAAUCAAAAACAACAUUAUGGGAUAUGUUAAUACUUUCAAGAUCACUAUCAACAGAAAUACUGUAUGCUAAAUAUGGAAAAGCUGAUACCUUUGACCAUAAGGGCUCCAAAUGUGUAGUUUAUUUUUAGCCACACAGCUUUUAGUGCCAUCAGACUGUCACCAGAGAGCUGCUAAUAUCAAUGGAAAUUCAAUCAAAUUAUAGUUCUGUUAUUUUCUUUAUCAAAGACGUCUGCAUUCAAAUGUGUUUACUUGUAUUAUUUAUUGCUAUUUAUAACAUUUUAAAGUAUGUUUUAAUAAACAUUAAAGUUUAUUUUUUGAUAUAGAAUAUGUUAUACGGUUAAGCCUGUUUACAGUCAAAGAAAAAACAUGGUCACUUUGUCUUAUGUUAGCUUAGGGGUUCAACCUGGAAAUAUCAGGGAAUUUUACUUGUGUUUUCGAGGCCUAGAAAUUUCUCAAGAAAAGGAAAUCAUUUAUUUGAGUUGGGAUUUCUUCGAUAAAAAGUAAAUUGAAUGUUUUCACAAUGGCUAUUGUUGCUUUCCUCAUGUGACCCCAGAGUUUCCGGUCUUUGUGAAUUUUCUUACUGGAAGAAGUGGACCUCAGUGACGGCAGGAAGCUCUUUUUGACAACUGGUCUGAUACAAUAAAUAGUUCCUAUGCUUUGUGUUUACUCCUGUCCGAACUUAA